AUGCAAGGUCGGAAGCAGAAUAGGGGUCGUUCGAAAGACCGGACCAUUCGCAAACCCAGGGAGAUAGCCGCGUUCAAGCUACUGGACAUGAUCAAAAAUGGCAUGCCAUUAUUGCCCGCUCGAAUCGGCAGUGAUUUAUCCUGUUUCGUCGAUUUCCAGGACGAAUUAGAGCCACAAGUGCUUGCGAACAUGAUCAGAUUCUCGGAAAUCGCUAUGAAGGUCAUCUUCCCUCUUCUAGUGGCGAUUGGCUUCCAAGCAAAUGCUUCGGGGACACUGUAUCCCAUGGCUACAGAUACCGCUGCUCUUCACAUCACGGCCUAUGCCGUGGAAGGAUUUGUGGAAAAGGUAUUGCGAGAUCAAGAUACUCCAAAGACCUCAAUGAUGGUUCAUUUCCAGAAAGGAGUCGGUCUGCUCCGGAAGCGACUUCUAGAAGGCGAUGAAGCAAUUAAGGUCUCGGACUCUACCAUUAGUAUAGUAUUGAAACUGGCCAGUAUUGCCCACUUCGACAGAGAUCAGAAGUCAUCCAGAGUGCACAUGGAUGGACUUCGCAAAAUGGUCAACCUGAGGGGCGGUCUAAAUGCCAUAGAGGACGAACGACUGUUGAGAGAGUUGGUAAGAAUCGACCUGAGUGUCGCACUGCUUAAUGAUUCGGAUCCUGUGUUUUUCCGACCACCGGCAGAACUGGUGCCUGACUACCCGGAGCGGCUCCUUCCCAAAGGCGAUGACAAGCUGCAAUUCCAAGACAACAUCCAUUUGGUUGGGAUCAUUGACGAGGAGCUAUCGAUGAGUUGGAAAGUGAUGAGGAGAUUCUGCUUGUUAGUCAACCUAGGCACGCAGACGCAUGGUCGAAUCGACCCAGACAUCAUUCGAGGAACAAUGGCGGCAGUGACCUAUCGCCUUCUUCAUAUGAGAUUCUGCACCACUUCAGUCGACGAAAUGAUCAGACUUGGCCUUCUAGCCUUUUCUCAACAUGUUUUUCUGCAGUGGCAUGAGAUGAGGACACCCUACUAUGAGUCCGCUGCUGCUUACCGAGCUUGUCUGGUCAAGGGCACAUUCGAAAAGGAGAUCUCGUCUCAACUAUCUAUUUGGCUGUUGAUGGUUGGAGCCGUCUCGCUCUUUGAGCUUUCCAAUGAAACAUGGUUAGGGCAAUCACUACAGGAGCAUGCUAGGAGCUGUGAAAUGAAAACGUGGAAAGAGAUGCAAGAGGUGCUCAAGUCUUUCAUGUGGAUGCCGCUGCUUGACGAGGUUCGUGGGAUGCAUGUAUUUGAAUCUAUUUACUCGCAUGAUAACAAGACAUGA